AUGGCCCCCGCUCCAAUCGAUUCAUCCAUCACUGACGUCGCGGAGCCAAGGAAGGACAAGCUCGGCCUCCCGGAGCCAGCCCGCGCAAGGCUGGAGAAGGCCGGGAUCGACCUGUCUCAAGGAUAUCCCUACCGGCCGUCGCGGCCCCUCUAUUUACAGGACGCGUACAAGAUCCGCGACGUGGAGCGAGUCCACGAGGAUGCAGGGGCGCGGGCGGACAAGUCGAAGAAGAACCUCUUAUCCGCCGCGACCAAGGUCACCGACCUGACCACGCACAUCGGCACCGAGAUCGAGGGCCUCCAGCUCAAGGACCUCACGCCCGAGCAAAAAGACGAGCUGGCUCUUCUCAUAGCCGAGCGUAGCGUGGUCUUUUUCAGGGACCAAGACAUCACCCCGCAGCAGCAGAAAGAGCUGGGCGAGUGGUACGGGGAAGUUGAGAUUCACCCCCAAGUCCCUCAAGUCCCCGGCGUCCUGGGCGUGACGGUGAUCUGGCCCGACCUCCAGGCCACCGAGUUCCCCGCCAGCUUCCGCAAGCCGGGCGGCGCAUCGCGGUGGCACACGGACCUCGUGCACGAGCGGCAGCCGGCGGGGAUCACGCACCUGCACAACGACACGGUGCCGCCCAUCGGCGGCGACACGCUGUGGGCGAGCGGGUACAGCGCCUACGAGAAGCUGUCGCCCGAGUUCCGCAAAUUCGUCGACGGCAAGCAGGCCAUCUACCGGUCGGCGCAUCCGUACCUCGACCGCGACGACCCUACGGCCGGGCCCAGGUUCAUCGAGCGGACGCACCCGCUCGUCCGCGUCCACCCGGCGACGGGCUGGAGGGCCCUGUGGGUCAACCGCGCCAUGACGGACCGCAUCGUCGGGCUGGACAGGGCCGAGAGCGAUCUCAUCCUCAACUACCUGUACGACGUGUACGAGCGGAAUGUCGACAUCCAGGUGCGCUUCAAGUGGACGCCGGGCACGAGCGCGUUGUGGGAUAACAGAAUCACCAUCCACAACGCGAGCUGGGACUAUGGCGGCAAGCAUCCCAGGCACGGGACCCGCGUCACGUCGCUGGCGGAGAAGCCUUACUUCGACCCCGACGCCCCGACGCGGCGUCAGGCGCUGGGCCUACUGGAUGAGGAUGAGAAGACGGCCUUGGGGAUUGCGACAGAGAAGUUGAAGGACUUCUCUCUCUGA